UUUGCCCCGUCAGAGCUCAGUGAAAUUCCUACACUCUCACCGGCUGACACUUUUAAACACUCAACUUCACCUGAAGGCUGACAGAGCAAGUCAAUGAAGUCCUCCAGCGUGAGUUCAGCUCUUUAUCCACCGGUUUCAUCAACUAAUUAAAGAGGUGGUUGCUAAGAGAUGACAAUUGGUGUCGUUGGUGAAAGCCUCACAUGUACAUCAGCUUGAAGCACGACUUCUGUGGGAUCUGUUUCCUGCACGCCCCCGUCUGUACCUGGCUCAUGUGAAGGACGUAGGGAACGCUCGACAGACUCAACCCUAACCCUAACCCACACCAUGGCGGCUUUUACUACUCCAGCUACCAACGACAACAACACUGUGAGCAAAGUGGCGGCCCAGACCGCAUGGCAAAGACAAGGAAGCCACGACAAGGUGCUCAACCUGAGGAAGAGUGAGAACGGGGAUGUUGGACGAUAUACUAUCCUGGAGAAAACUCAUGAAUUCUUCCAGAUGUGCGACAUCGAGAACAAAGGCUUCAUCACCCGACGUGACAUGCAGAGGCUGAACGGUGAGCUUCCUCUCAGUGCGGAGGAGUUGGAGAACGUAUUUGAUACCCUUGAUUCCGAUGGCAACGGAUACCUUACCCUUGAAGAAUUCUCCUCCGGCUUCAGUGAGUUUUUGUCUGGCCAGAAGAUUUCUGCAGAGGAAGGCAUGGGGGAGAAAAACCCAAACAAAAGCCUGCCAGAGGUCCUGUACCAGACCCAGUGGGAGGAGAGCCUGGCAAGAGGAGAGGAGGACGAGGAGGAAAAACACUUCUGCAUGCUGAUGGAGAGCCUCGGAGCGAACAGUGUCUUUGAAGAUCCUGCUGAAGUACGUAGUCUGUGGGCCCAGCUACGCCGGGAUGAACCAGAACUUUUAUCCAAUUUUGAGGACUUCCUGGCCAGAGUGACGUCCCAGAUCAUAGAGGCCAACCAGGAGAAGAGGGACAUGGAGAGUGCCCUCAAAAGGAAAGCAGCGACACAUGACGAUGAGAUCCAGCGCCUAUAUGAAGAAAUGGAGCAGCAAAUAAAAAAUGAAAAAGACAGGAUUGUGCUGCAGGACUAUGAGCGGUUUCUGUCUCGCAGUCAGGACAUGGAGCUGCAGCUGUCCAGCAAGGAGAAGGAGCUGGAACAACUCUUCCAGAAACAGAGGAGGUUGGAGUGUCAGUGCCAGGAGCUUCACAGUGAGCAACACGUGACCAAAGUGGAGAACGUGAAGCUGAAGCAGACCAACGAUGAGUUAGCCCGGGAGCUGGAACACACCAGCCAGGAGCUGACCCUGGCUCAGGAGCAGCUGAGUUUACUGCAGGAACAGUCGACGAGGCUUCAUGAGGAGAAGGAGAUGGAAGUGUACAGACUAACGGAAGGACUGCAGAGAGAAAGAGCAAGCCUUCUGAAACAGCUGGACCUGCUGAGGGAGAUGAACAAACAUUUACGAGAUGAAAGGGACAUGUGCUAUCAGAAACCAAAGAGUUCUAAGAACACACUCGGUUUCAAGCAGAGGCCUUCAAUCGGUGUGCUGAGACACGCAAACACAAAUAUCUUCAAAAGUGAGGAUGAGGAGGAGCUGACCUCCAGUUCUGUGAGACAGAGUCCAGCCAACGGAUCAUGCCAACCGUCUCUCCCGGCAGAGGCAGGAGGACACCUCCAGAGGAUCAUCUCCAUCGAAGAGGACCACCUCCCCCACUUGCUGAAUGACUGUCAGGCCCAAACCCCUCUGCAGGAAUGUAAAGAAGGAGCGGAAGUGUCAGACGGUGAAGAAAAUAUAGACUUGGUGAUGAGUGAUAUUUACCCAUCAGCACAGCAGCAACAAUCGCAGGCAAGCGUGGAGAAAACUGAAAUCCCAACAUCUCCAAGGGGUCAACCUGUUGGCAAGGAGACCAGCAUAAACGAGGAAGGCGGCCCUUCAGCGCCUGACCGCCUCUUCAAGAUCGUCCUGGUGGGGAACUCUAGUGUCGGAAAGACUUCCCUCCUUCGGAGAUUUUGUGAUGACAGCUUCCACUCAGGCACUUCUGCCACCGUGGGUAUAGACUACAGCGUGAAGACGAUAAUGGUGGACAGCAGCCAGGUUGCACUGCAGCUGUGGGAUACAGCCGGACAGGAGAGGUAUCGAAGCAUCACCAAACAGUUCUUUCGUAAGGCUGACGGCGUGGUUGUGAUGUAUGACAUCACCGCUGAGCAGAGCUUCACCGCUGUAAGACAGUGGCUGACCAGCGUAAAGGAAGGUGCAGGUGAAGACAUCCCCCUCAUGCUCCUGGGAAACAAAACAGAUAAGGAGAUUGAAAGACAAGUUCAGAAAGCAGUGGGUGAACGACUAGCCAAGGACAGCCAGAUGUCCUUCUAUGAAUGCAGUGCAUGCUCUGGAUUCAACGUGGUGGAGUCCAUGGUUCAUUUAGCCAGAAUUCUGAAAGAGCAAGAGGACCGAGAGAAGGAGAAGACAGUGGAGCUGGUCAGUAACCCCUCAGAGAAGAAGAGAUCCUGCUGCUAACACACAAACGCUUAACACUUACACAAUAGCACUACCCUUUACCAAUUUACACAACGUGACAGUGUGAUCACAGGACGCAUUAUUGACUGUCAGCACAGCAGCUUUCCACCCAGUUUUUGACCUUAAACACCAGAAUGAGUCAUGUGGUCUUACGUCACAGAUGGUAUCACACCUUUCUAAAGACGUGUAAAUGGUAGCACUGGCUUAAAAAUAGCUAUUUCAUGAAGAUUUAGUAAAAUGGUAGCAGUAAUAAUCCUAGAAAAGUGGGUUUUCUUUGGAGGGUGAGAUCUAAAAAUAACUGAACAAAUGUGCAAAGUUGAACUGAGUUUGUAGGAUAUUUUUAAAUGUAGGGUAUUUCAUCAAACUUGACUGUAACUCUGAGGUAUUUCAUGUAUUUAUUUAGCUUCCAAACGCCCUUAAGUGGUUAAAUGUGGGCGUUUUACUAUAUAUAAAUAAGUAGUAAUUUGGUGUUAAGUGUCCGUUUUUUUUAAGCUGUCACUCCAUCACCUUUUUGUACGUAUACAUGGGAUGUAGUGAAAUUGAAUACAUUAUCAAAGAACCUUGCAGUCAACACUGCCUUUACAAAGCUUUGGGUGUUGAGUUUUAGUUGACAUUUAUGUCUGUGGUUUCCGUUGGGACCAAGACUAUUUAUGGUAUUUCAGGAUGUUGUGGAAAAAAGUGCCAUGCAGCCCGAUGCUGAAGUAAUACAUUUUCACUGAACAACUUUAACAUUUUGUCAUAUUUGUUCCAGGGUUGUAAUACUUGAUAGUGUUUUAUAUAAAUGUUUGUGUUUUUGUGCACCCUUUGUACAUUUUAAUUGAUUUGUUCUGUGCUAGUCUUGUUGUGGCAGCACUGGAGGUUGGAUCAGCUGUCAGAUUAAAAAUACAGUUAGUAGAUAAGACAUAUUAUUCUCAGAGAAAACAGAAACGGGUUGAGUGCACAAAUUGUGUGUUUCAUACCCCUUUACUCUGCCAAGUAUUUUAAGAAAUGAUGUCACUGUAACCCAUGAAGUUACGUAGUCUGGAUCAAAAUGGGUAAAAUUUGACAGGUUUUGGUAAAAACUUUUCUCGCUGUCACUCACAGCGCUUCACUACUGCCAGGAUCGUGCACGUCACUUUAAUGUAUAUAAAAAAUGUAAGUAGAAAUAAAUUAAAAGCUAUAUGUUUAUGUGUGUAUCAGUGGAAAGUGUUGGAGUUUUUCUUCCUGCAAUGUUGAAAUAAAAAUGAGUUGAACAGCA